UCGUUCGGUUGUUGGGCACGCGGCGCGCGCGCGUGUUUCUCUCUUUCUCUCACACUCUCCGUUUGGCUCCGUUUUGUUAUUUUAAAAAAUAAAUAUACAAAAAAAAACUACGAAUAAUGUGCGAAUAAUGUAAAUUUGGCAUAAAAAUAGCUUAAAAACCAUAAACAAAAUGCACAGCAACUAAGCGAAGGAGAGAAACGAAACGAAAACAAAACAAAAGAAAACUAAACGGGAAAGAUUAAACGACGCCCACGCAAAACAUACAAAACUACACGUACCCGCUAAGCCGACAACAACAACAACAACAACAACAACAACAGUAACAACAACAACAACACUCAACACACUCCACAACUGACAACAACAACAACGACACUUGGCAGCCGCAAACAUGGAACGUCGCCAAGCGUUAGACUCAUCGAUGUCUUCACUCUACUCGGCCAGCUCCUCGAAUCGCCAACAGCAACAACAACACCAACAACAUCACCAGCCACAGUCACAAUCCCAGCUAGACGCCUUCAAUUAUUCAGCAACAAUGUCAUCAUCAUCGCCAACGCCAAGCCAGGCAACCAACUGUUCCUCCCUUCGUGCCACAACCAUCGGCACCGUUGUCGUCCGCUGCGGACCCAUCCAGCUGGUGAUAGCGCUCUUGCAAAGUCCUGAAAAGAUCUACAUCAAAGUAGUUGAGCUGGAGCCAAAGAUCACAGCGCUGGGCGACAAUUUUGACGACUCGCUGCAAAUGCAACGUGAACACGAUGAAACGCUGCGAAAUCUACAGAACCUGCCCGGUCCCAUGGAUGAGUUUGUGCAAAAAGCCGACAAAUUACUCGCAAGCAAACGCAUCAGCUCAGAGCUGGUCAAUGCCAUGGCCGACACACUGAACAUCAUCUGGCAAGACAUAUUGAAUCUGCUGCAAGAUCGCCAACACAUUCUGCAUCUGUGCACACAGUUUCACGACAAGAUGACGCUGUGCUUCCGUCGCAUGGAUCAACUGGAGGAGGCGUGCAGCGAGUCGAUGACACCCACAGAUGUGGCGGGCGUGCAAGAGUUCCUCAACAAAUUCAAGCAGCUGCGCAUCGACAUGCUGACUGGCGUCAUGGCUGCGCUCAAGGAUGGCAACGAGUUGCUCGCACAACUGCAAGAGCUGGAGAAGCUCGAGACACUGGACACCAGGCCGGAGCACAUCAAACGCGAUGCCACACGAGCGGUGCACCAGGUGCAACAAUGGCUCGAGGCGCUGCACGAUCGUCGCAAUGCUUUGGAACUAGCUUGGCAGACGCGAAAGACGCAACUGGAACAGUGUUUGGCUCUAAAGCUGCUGGGACGCGAGCUCAUCGAGCUGGAAUCAGCGCUGCAGCAGGCCAGGCAUGAGCUGAACUCCAUGUACAGUUUAGGAGAGUGCGAGCACUCGGCCAACCAGACGCUGCUGAAGUAUCGCGAGUGGAAGCAACAGGCGCUGCUGUUGCGCGAUCGUGCUUUGAAGAUCACACGCGCCAAGGAGAAGGUGCAAGCAUCCGGACACUUGGCGGGCGAGGAAGCCUGCGCCAGAGCUUACGCUGUGCUCAGUGGUUGCACCGAGCAUCUGGAUAUUGUGGAUCAGCGCGAGCAUUGGCUGCAACUGUCGCGUGACUUCUUUGCCAAGGCGGAGCAUACGCUUAGCGUUCUAGAGAAACUCGAACUGGAGUUGGCCAGCGUCAAGUUGCCGCCGAAUUCACCUGAGAGUUAUGCCAUGUAUGCCAAAGUGUCGCGUGACGUGCGCAACUUCACGGAGGAGCCACUGCGUCUGGGUUACAGCAUUCUAGAUGAAGUGGGACGCACGCAGCCGGAGACGCAGGGCAUUAAGCGUGUGCUCGAUGAGCUGGAGAAUCGCAAGGCAUACAUCGAGGGCAUCUGUGCCAACAGCAGCGAGGAUCACGAGCGAGUACAGCGUGCACUCAACGAGUUUCUGUCGCAACACAACGAGCUGCUUGCCUGGUUGCGUGCCUCGGGUCAGUUGCAGCUACAGCAGAGUGUCAACAUGGGUCGCAAUCUGCAGCAGGCGAAACAGUUUCUGUUGCAGCAUCACGAACUCAUGCAGGAUCUGGAGAUCAAAGGCGAACUCAUCAAUCUGCUGCUCGAAUCGAUUAAACAGCAUCUGGAGUCAUUGAGUCCGCAGGAACGUUACGAUGUCGACUCCAAGGCGGAGGCAUUGCACAAGCAUUGGAUUGAGCUGAAGGAUUUGGUGUUGAAGCGCGUCGAUUAUGUGUCGCUGCUCAUUGAGUUCUUCGAACAGGCCAACGAGCUCUCUAGUCAACUGGAUCAUCUGCAGCGACAGCUGCAACAGACACCAGACGAGCACAAGCUGCAGUUCCUACAGGCCACUUGGGCCAACAUUGCCGGCAGCUAUGCGGAACUCAAAUCGUCCGGCCAGCGAUUCAUCAACUUGAAAAUUGUGGAUCCAUAUCUCGAGACGAAAUCCUCAGUGCAGGCAGUGGAAGAGACGCUGAACGGCUUCAGUAAGCGCCAGAUCGACGUGACGAGCAGUUUGGAAAAUUGGACAACGAACAUUCAGGAGAAGCGUCAAGUCGAAUAUCUACUUGAGAAAGUCAUGAGCGAUAACGAGGAAACUGUGGCCAAGAGCACACAGGUGGAUACCCAGCUGUAUCCGGUGUUCAGCACUUCCAGCUUGGACUCGAAGCAGCUGCUGACGAGCACGAGAGAGAAGCUGUCGUUUGUCACCCAGGACAUUGAGCGUGCCCAGGAGGAGAUACAACAACGCAUACAGACAACGCUGAGCAUACAGACAAAGGAUCAGCAAUCGUUGUCGAAGAUCGAGCAGGUGAUCAAUAAUCUACGCAUGCUGAAGGCAAAGCUCGAUGGCAUCAAGUACGACUAUCGCACUUUGCUGGAGAGUGUGCUGCAAUUCCUCGAGAACAUUGUGCAGCUGCGUCAAGAGAUCGAUGCAUAUUUUGCACGACAACAAGCUGCAUCCACAGCGGGAUCAUCUUCGGGUGUUGAACGUACUAUAGCCGAGCAUGAAAAAUUCCGCGAUCAGUGCAUGGAUAAAUUUAGAUCGUUAAUCACACAAUCCGAACUGCUGAUCGAUCGGGUGCGUGUCUUGGAGCCGCCGGGUGCUCGCGAAAUCGACACUGAUCGCAUUUUGAAGUUGUUGGAGAAUCUGCGCAUUCACUUCGAGUCGAACAGCAGCGCCAGAAUGUCGACACUGGAGCGUCUCGAGAAGCUCGAGCAAUUCCGCAACGAUCUCGAUGACAUCGAUCGCAGUCUGGACAGCGUCAGCAAGCAAUUGCACGAUAUUAAUGGACAGAGUGUGGAUAGUCUGGCCGCAGCCAAGACCACGUCGCUGGCAUUUGAGUACUUUGAACGUACCAUUGAGAGUUCUAUGCCCAAGUUUAUGAAACUGAAGUCGACGAAACGACAUCAGCGACGCUGGGGCCAAACGUCAGCGCCAACGAUCGAGCUGCUUGAGAAGCGCAUUGAAAAGUUUACCGAGACAACGAGCCAACAGCUGCUGAUCAGCAACCCGGAAAGCGAGGCGUAUGUUAAGGACGAGCUGCGCAAGCUCAACGACAAGUGGCAGAGCUUCAAGGAGCAGGUGAAGCAGAAACGAAAGAGCCUCAAUCAGGCCAAUGAAUUCUUCGAGGUUGUCGAGAAAAUCGAUGCAGAGUACCGCGAAAUCAGCUACUUCUACAAUAGCGUCUCCAACAAGGUGCCGUAUCUGCGCGAUCCCGUCGAGGCCGCCAAUCUGGUCAAUGAUAUCGAAAAGUAUGUGACCAGUCGGGAAUCAGCGCUGCGCGCGAAGUUGGACAAUGCUUCACAGUGUGCUCACGAUAUGAACAAAGUGUCCAGCUUGUACAACGACGUGAUGAACAUUUUCCAAUCGUUCGUCAAGCUAAAGUUGGAUAUUAAUAUUGUCAUUGAGCGUCUGAAGCAGGAGCAACGUCAGCGCGAACAACGCGAGCGUGAGGCACGCGAUCAAGCCGAAAGAGAUCAGGCAAUACGCGAGGCCGAAGCACGCGAGCGUUUGGCACGUGAGGAGCAAACACGUCUGGAGGCGCAACGUCAGCAGGCGGCCAUCGAGCAGGCACAGCGUGAGCUGGCUGCUAGGCAGUUAUCACUACGUGAGCAAGCGGUGCGCGAGGAGGAGGCACGCUUGCAGGCGGUGCGCGAACAGGCAGCAAGAGAGCAGUUAGCGAGGGAGCAAGCUGCGCGCGAGGAGGAACAACGCAUCCAGACAUUGCGUGAUAUUGCCAAGCGCGAGGAGGAGCUCCGACUGCAGUCGUUGCGUGAGGAGGAGGCACGUCUGCAAACGAAACGCGAGGAAGAGAUACGCAUCAAGCGUGAGGAGGAGUUGCGCCUCAAGCGCGAAGAGGAAUCACGCCAGAAACGUGAAGAGGAAUCGAGACAGAAGCGCGAGGAAGAAUCACGCAUUCAACGCGAGGAGAUUACACGGUUGCAAACACUGCGCGAUCAGGUGGAUCAGCAGCGCAUUGUCACCGAGAACAUACGCAAGGAUAUCCAGGUGAAUCAGAUCUUCACCGAGCUGCGCUACGCUUCGCCUCUGUUCGUGCGUCCGCUGAAGGAUGCCUUGACACGCGAGGGCGAUCGCUUUGUGUUCGAGUGCGAAGUCACUGGCACCCCAGAGCCGAGUGUGGAAUGGUUCAAGGAUGGCAUCAGCAUACAGAGCAAUGCUGACUAUAAAACCAGCUUCGACAAGGGCAUUUGUCGCCUGGUCAUCGAGGAGACCUUUGCCGCCGACACCGCUCGCUUCAGCUGCCGUGCCUCCAAUCUGGUGGGCACCUGUGAUACGAAUGCCACACUUACGGUGCGUGAAAAUGCCGCCGAGCUGCAGCUGGUGCCGCCUCGCAUUGUGCGCUUCCUCGAGAGUGGCAAGGCCACCGAAGGCACCUCCUUCCAGUUCAGUUGUGUGGUCAGCGGUGUUCCUCUCCCCACUGUGCAGUGGUUUAAGAACGACAAGUGCAUCGAUGAUUCGCAGGAUUAUGUCAUCAGCUACAACAAUGGCGAGGCGACGUUGCGCUUCGAAGAAGUCUUCCUUGAGGAUGAUGCGGUUUACACCUGCAGCGCCUCCAAUCCCACGGGCAUUGAACACUGCUCAGCUAGUCUCAUUGUAGAACCUUUGGAGCCCACUGAGUUGCCCUGCUUUAAGUUGCCACUGCAGAAUGCCAUGGCACGCGUUGGCCAGAAGAUCAAGUUGGAGGCUUUGGUCUCGGGCAUUCCCAAGCCAGAUAUUUACUGGCUACACAAUGGCAAACCCUUCCAGCCACGCGACCUCAAAUACGAAAACGGUCGCGUUACGCUAAUAAUCCCACAAGCGUAUCCAAACGACGCCGGAUCCUACGUGUUGAGUGCUAAAAAUCUAGCUGGCGAGGCAUACAGCCAUUGCAACAUCAUUGUCAAGGGACGCCUGCCAAACGAGACGUCCGAUUCCGAGAUGGCCAGCGACAUCGAACCCAUUCGUCCGGCCGUCCACAUGCCCCUCAAGGAUGUCUCCAUGUUCGAGGGCAAACCCGUGCGCCUGGACUGCGUGAUUGUCGGACAACCCGAACCGGAGGUCAUCUGGUAUCACAACGAACGUCCGGUGAAGGAGUCUGCUGAUGUGCAGCUUCUAUUCCAGGGCGAUCGCUGUUCGCUCUUCAUACAGGAGGUGUAUCAGGAGGAUGCGGGCAACUACAAAGUGGUGGCCAUCAAUUCGGCUGGCGAAACGUCGAGUAGUUGCGAACUGAAGGUCACGCCGUUGAACAUCGCUGAGCCAGCCACUAGGGCACAAGCUGAACGUCAGUCUAUGCCCAAGGAUGCGCAGCCCAAGUUCGAACGUUUGCUCUCAGAUGCGCUCGCCGAUGAGGGCGAACAGGUGGUGCUGGAGGUGCAGGCUAGUGGCGAUCAACCGUUGCGCGCUCAGUGGUAUUUGACCAACAAGGAGUUGCAGCUGAACGAACGCGUCACGACGCAAUCAAAUCCCGAGGCAGGCAUCUUUAAGCUCAUACUGAACAAUGUGGAGGCCAAUGACAAGGGCGUCUACACGGUGAAGGUAUCCAACAAUGCUGGCGAUGCCAAGUGCUUCUCACAUUUGAUUGUCAAGUCCGUCAACAUGCCAGAGAAUCGUCGCGGUAGUCAAUCAUCAGUGGAGAUCGUUGAGCGUCAUCUGUGUCCCGAGUUCAAGGAGCUGUUCAGCGAUAAGCAGGCGCAGAUCGAUGAUGUGGUCAAGUUCGAGUGCAUUGUGGUGGGCAAACCGACGCCCAAGGUGCAUUGGUAUUUCAACGAUCAGCCAGUGCAUGGUCACAACUUUUUGGUUUCCACCAGCGGUGAUCGUCAAGUCCUCACCAUACAGCAGUUAACACACGAUGCUGUGGGCAAAAUCAGCUGUGUGGCCGAGAACGAGGCGGGCAAAGCCACCUGUGUGGCCUUCCUCAACAUCAUUGGCAGCGGUCUGCCUGCCUCCAGUGAUGUGCAAACCAUGACCCAGGAGCAUAAUACCGAAUCAUCGAGAGUGACCAUCAAGAAGCAAACGUUUACCACCACCUCGACAUCGCAGGUUAAUUCCUACGAAGGAAAUGUGCCACAGACCGAGGUGCAUCACUCCUCAGCGCACAUUGAUCAGUCGCUCAAGCAGCUAGGACAACAGCGACCCGAGAUUGUCGAGAGUCAUCACUACCAGGAGCUGCACAAGAGCAAGGAGAUGAGCAGCCCCAGUGUACAACAGAAAUCCUUUACACUCGUUCAGUCCUCCAACGGUGUGCCAGCUUUACCUGAUUCGCCGACGCGUCUCCGCAAGGAGAUUGCACCACGUUUCACCACCCCGCUGACCGGUAAAAUUGUGGAUCAGGGCGCCAAUGUGAGCAUGGAGGCAAUCUACGAUGGUUUUCCUUCGCCCGAAAUUAAGGUUGAGAAGAAUGGCGAUCAAUUGUUUGACAAUGAGCACACUAAGAUUUCCAACAAAUUCAAUCGCGUCACCAUUGAGUUGAAGGAAGUGAAUGUGGCCGAUGCUGGACGUUAUGCGGUGACUGCUUCCAACACGGUGGGUCAAUCCACCAGCACUGCCGAUCUGGUUGUUAAAAAGACCAUCUUUCCGCCAGUCUUCGGUCGACGUUUGCAGGCGCAGGUUAGCAAAAAGGGCGAGAAAUUGAUCAUGGAAGUGGAGGUGACAGGAUUGCCAGAGCCAACAGUGACGUGGCUAAAGGAUGACAAGCCCAUUAAGGAGGCUGGACUGUCCGAGCAUCGUCUGCUUGCCCAAGGCAACUCAUACAAGCUAAUCAUCGAGAGAGCUAAAACCUCCGACUCGGGCAAGUAUAUGGUGAAGGCGACAAAUGCUGGCGGCGAGGCCAAGAGCAUCGCUGACUGCGCCAUACUCGAACCAUCGCCGGAGCGUAUGCAGGAGGUGGUCAAGACGAUUGUUUACGAGACAACACCGGCGACAAGUGAAUUCAAAACUGAAAACCAGUUCAAUAAAGAGCCACAGUCAUAUCAGACAAAUCAGAGCGAUGCAACCACUGCCAAUGAUCUGCAUGGUCUCUCCGAAUCGAAAGUGAUCACUGAGCAUCGUUGCACCACCGAGGCAACGAUACGUCUAGAGCACAAAUCGAACUAUCUCGACCUGCCCGAGCUGACAGCGCGUCCCAAGACACCCAUCACCAACAACAACAACAACAAUAACACUGCCAGCAUGGAUCACACCGAUAGCACACAAACGACCAGCUUCCAGACUGGCAUCACACCACCACAACAACAACAACAACAACCACCACAACAACAAGUCCCACCGCCUGUGCCACCCAAGCCCUGUGCGCCUGUUGUGGCCACCUCCUUUGGCCAGUCCGAGCAACCGCCGCAGAUGCAGACCCAAAUCAAUACCCGAUACGAGAGCAGCACCAGCGAACACAAAACCUCCUCGUCCUUUGAGUAUUUCAAGAAAAUGGAUGAGGAAACCAUUACACAACGACCCAAGCCACUGGCUCAGAAGCCCAUCGAGACGGUGGUACGCAAACCACAAGCGCAAUCAUUGGCCGAGGAAUUGCGAAGCAUGAAUCUGAUACCCGGAGCACCGCCAGAGUUUUGCUACACACCCAAGGGUGAGGUGCAAGCACCGCGGGUGCCGCUUAUACAGGACAAGAUCAAGAUACUUGAGGAGGUGCAGCCAAAGGAGACACCACCACAGGGUGGUGUUCCCGUCUUUCCGCUGCCCAUGAAUCUGCAGAGCGUGCAACACGAGACAACAAUGACUAAAGAGGUCAAGGUGGAAUACGGUCAGCCAAUUCUGCGUCCUGCGGCAAUGCUUGCGACGCCCGCACAGCAAAACCCACGUUCGCCAUCGCCAAAGCCAUCAGCUGAAGGUGUGGCCAUGUCCAAGCUGUGGACUCCAGCAGGUGUCAGCGGUUACUCAAGCGAUGUGGAGCAAAAGUCUGAGAAGCAGACCAUUAUCACCAAGCUGGCAACUCCCACGCCCACCAAGGAGCUGAAUGCUCCAUUCCUGGUGCAGCAGGUGGCCAAGACCAUAACGCCAGCAACACCUCCGACUCCAGCACCCACGCCAGUCACUCGUCUGGUCAACAUCGAGCUGGAGCCAGGCACCCCACCAGAGAUCUGCUUUGCACCGAAGCCGCAAGCGGAGGAGGUGCGACGUCAUUCGCUAGUCGAGUCGAUGGAACAGAAACUAGAACAAAAUCUCGUGCAGGGACCCAGCAAAGUGUUGCCCCAUUCGGUGCCCACUUUAACGCCCGCUGCGGCACCACUCAAGCCCAAUGGCUCCAUCUAUCGGCCACCGCCACCAGUGAUGCCCAAUCGUCUGGGUCCCAGCUAUGAAAGUGACUAUGAGAGCGAUCGUUACAAGUACAGUGGCAGCGAAUCGGAUGAGCCACGUGCUCGCCAGCAACAGGCUACGAUGGAGACAUCGUUCAAGUCCAGCGGCUAUGCUGCCGACACCGAGGAACACUCGAGCUAUCGCAAGUCGGAAACCAGCUUCUACGAGACGAAGUCUUCGUCUUCGACAACAACAGCGCCACCCAAGUUGCAACCUGAGCCACCAGCUAAGAUCUACUUUACGCCUCAGGCUCAGCCUCAGCCACAGCAUCAGAAUCAGCAAUCGUCGAGUUACAGCCAGGAGGCGAAGAACUACAAAUACAGCUCGUCGUCAAGUAUGCAGCAAAGCAGCAGUUCAACUCACCACGAGACCAAGUACACUUCGAACACGAUGCCGUUGAUCACACCAAGUCCAGUGCCAGCACAGCGCAAGACGCCAGCUACUGAGUUCAGUGACUACAGCAGCGAAGUGGAUGAACGCUUCCGUUCAGUGUCGCGUGCCAACGAGUCAGACACAGACAUUAAAGGGUAUCGCGUUGUGUUCCCACCGACACCAACUCCUCGCACCAACAUUGCCAACGGACACAAGUCGCCUGUGGUUGUGGUGACGCCAUCGCCCAUGGAGUUUGAGCCAACGCCACCCGAAGUAGGCAGCUACUCGCGUCCCAAAUUCGAACCGAUUGGCAAGGAGAUACGCCACGAGAUUCGCACAGAGUCCAGCUCCAAACAGUCGAGCUUCAAGUCGAAUCAACAGCAGCCGCAACAUGUCUUCAAGCCAAAGCCUGUGGCAGCCAAGUUUAUAGCUGCCACACAGCAGCAGCAACAGCAGCAACCACUGCCCAGCUCGAGGCCAACCAUGUACUACAAUGCAGUUGCUGGUGCUCCCAUGCACACUGCCAAGGUAGCUCACGAGACGAAGAACGUGAUGCAGAUGCAUGAAUCGACAGAGAGUUCGCAGCGCAUUGUCAACAUGCAGCAGACCAAGCGAGUGAUUCACUUUGACAACCAACAGCAACAACAACAACAGCAGCAAUACAUGCAACCUCUUGAGCCCUUCCCAUACAGUCCAGCGGGCAGUCGCACUCCAUCACGACAAUCCCAUUUGCCACCGCCGGCCACGCCCACUAAGUUCAUACCCGGGGAGUUCCGGGAGAGCGACUAUGAGAGCGAAGUGGAGGGAGCACGCAUUCAACCGCUUUGGUCGCCGUAUGGCGAUGGCCUAACCAAGGGCUAUCGUCGUGUGGCGCCUCCGCAGGGCGGCCGCUCCUGCAGUCUGCCACGUACCUACGAGCGUGUGUUGUCACCAAUGGAGUUUGAUCGCGGUCCCGAGAUGCCCAGCAAGAUCCAUGUGGAUGUAAAUACGCUGCUCAAGGAGCAACGCGGCGGCAGCACAGUGACCACACAGCAUCGCACACAGUCCCUCAAUCGCAACAGCACCUUGAGGCAGCAGCAGUACGGACUGGAUCAGACAGACAAUCAACAGCAACUGCAGCAGCAACAACUGCGUGGCGGCACCUUGCCGCGUUAUGGCUACAACACGUUGCAACAGCAGGCAGAGGGUCAGGGCAAACGCAUGGGCUCGACGUUCCUGCAGAAGUCACAUCAGUUUGUCGAGGAUGUCAGCAGGGAUAUGCAGAGUUCGACGGGAUUGCGUCCCGGAUUCAGACGUGCUCCCAGCGAGGGCAGCAAUCACCCCCAGGCUUACAGGGAUGAAUCGCGCGUCUCCCAAUACGGCACCAAAUGCGUCGAUCCCAAUACCGGUUUAAUCUAUUUCAAAUAUGACUUUGGCUACGAGUUCGGGAUACUGUUUCCCGGCGAGGGUCACAAGUUUGUGAGCAGCCAGUGGAACAGCAAAGGCAGCAGCAACACCAAUGGCAUCGGUUCGAAUGCCCAACAAAGCAAUGGCACCCCACACGCGUCGUAUCCCUUGAAGCUUGCCGCUGGCAAUGAGCUUGUGAUACCAGUGCAACAUGAACGCACCAACAAUAAAAACAACCUGAACACCGGCUACAGCUCCGAUAGCGAGGCUCAACGUCGCACAGCGUUUUCGCCACGUUUGAGAGCGGCGGCACCGCGAUUCGCCCACAAACGCUACAGUCUGCCGAGCAAUCACAGUCUCGACAUCCAUCUCGAUCGGUUGCACGCGCAGGCGCCGCGUCUGCCGCCCGAGCAGAUGGUGCGCACAGUGCCGGAAUUGCCCAAUACGGAGCCCGUCAAUGCCCAUUUGAAUCGCGAUGAGCAGGCACAAAGGCCACCAUUAUUCAUAACGCCCCUGAAAGAUAUUGCGGUGGGCGUGGGCGGCACGGCGAGAUUCGAGUGCAUUGUGCAGGCGCAUCCGCAGCCGCAGGUCAACUGGAUCCACAAUGGCGGCCAUUUGGAGCAGGGCAGCUCGGCCGGGCAUAUCAUUGAGUACCGGAACGGUGUGUGCCGCCUCACAUUGCCCCAGGCUUAUCCGGACGACAAUGGCAGCUACGUUUGCACAGCCGUUAAUCCGUUGGGCGCCGCCAGCACAACCGGAAAUUUGAACGUUUCGAGCACAAAUCGCGGAUUUAGAUACUAAGAGAAUACUACAUACUUAUUUGUAUACAUACAUAUUAAUCGUACGAUAAUUAUUUAUUUAUUUUAUGAUUUGUUCAUGCCAAAGUUUUUGAAAAAUCUUUUAUCUCUGUGUGUGCGUGUCUCUAAUUCAAGUUAUACCAAAAAAAAAAAAAAAAAAAAAGAAAAAAAUACAGUUCGUUUGGAUUUCUCUCAACGUGUUGCGCAUCCUCUGAUCCUCCGAUCGCAAAGGAUCAUUUAACUAGCCGCAACCUACGGUCACGUUCAUACCGAGAGAUUAUAGUAUUACUUUUGUUUUUGUCGAAAAAUCAUAAUAAAUCAAUUUGAAAACGAA